AUUACUUUAGUUCUGCAGGAAUUGAAUGGAACAGUGGUUAACAUUCCUAAAAACUUUUCACAAAUUAAAAAAACAAUUGGGUCUCUGUAAUCUUUCCUCAUGACAAAAAGUACAAGAUGGGGCGGCCAACCGUGAACCAACAUUACUAAAAAUCUAAGCUAUAGAGAAACUCCAACUUUCUUACCAAAAAGAACCCCUCUUUUUCAAAGCUUACACACUUAGGCCACAGGGAUCAUCUUUUCUUCUUUGUCUUAUUUCUUUCACUCAUAUAUAAGCCCAAUUCUACAAGCAAUUCCUUGUAUUAGAGAUCAUGAUAUAUCAACCAACAUAAACAAGAUCACGAAGAUGGGUUCCGGCGAGCAAAUUGCUUAUGAUUUUAUCCUUGCUCUUCUUUCAAUUUUUCUCAUCAUUCUUGGUUUGGUUCUUUAUUUCUUCUUCCGAAAGAAACCUGUUGAAUCUGAAGAAAGUCUUUCAGUCAAGGUUUCUGCUCCCACAUAUCCGUUGACAGAUAUAGACGCUGCCACUGAUGGCUUUAACCAUCGAAGAGUUAUCGGUAAAGGUCGUUUAGGUACAGUAUACGCAGCCGUACUGCCAAGAGAAGAGCUAGUUGCAGUUAAAAGAAUUCACCCAUCUCUUGUUUUGAGCAAUGCUGGUUUUGGGUUCUCUUCAAUACUCAAAACGCUAUCUUUAGCCCAACACCCAAAUAUAGUGCCUAUAAUGGGAUUUUCCCAGGCUCCUGGUGAGAGAAUUAUUGUUAUGGAAUUUGUUGGCAUGGCCAGUUUGGAUUUUUAUUUGCAUGAAAAUUCUGAUGGGGGUUCCCUAUUGGAUUGGAGCCGGCGACUGAGGGUUGCUGCUGGAUCAGCUAGAGGGCUUGAGUACUUGCAUGAAGGGAUGGCACCAAAUGUUAUACACGGGUAUUUCAAGGCCUCAAAUAUUCUUCUAGAUGUGAAGUUUUCUGCUAGGGUUAGUGAUUAUGGGCUAUCCUUUUUAGCACCUAAAGAAAAAAGAGGAGUUGCAGGGCAUGUGGAUGAAGAAUACUGGAGUGAGAUAGGGGGUGGCCCUUGCAAAGAAAGUGAUGUUUAUGGGUUUGGUGUGGUUUUGUUAGAGCUUUUGACUGGAAGGAGAAAUGAGGAAGGAUUACUUGUGAAGUGGGCAUUGCCUUUGAUUAAAGAACUCAAGUUUAGUGAGGUUUUAGACCCUAGACUUGCAUUACCUUCUGAUAUGAAGCCAAUUAUUAGAUUGGCCAAGGUUGCUUCAGCUUGUGUUAGCAAUUCUAGGAAGAGCAGGCCUACAAUUGUUCAAGUUGCAGCAAUUCUAAACAGUUUGGAGGCUGAGGUACGUGCAUGAUUCGAUCCAUUAUAAGAGAUCCAAGCAAUUUAAUUGCCAGCAAUUUUGAGCAAUCUAAUUAGGUGGGUCUAAAAUGGAUUAAAAUUGCUGGAGGAAGAUGAUAUGCCAAGAAAAUUGAGAUUUGGGGGAUUUCUUUUGACUUUAAUAUUCAAGUGGGACUGGCAAAAUUAAAAGGGGAAAAUGUUGAAUGGGACAGGAGGGGCCGGUGACUUGUCGUUUGGGCUGUGAAAUUUUAUCUUUGUUUGCGUGUAGAAUAGGGAUCUUUAUAGGGAGUGAAAUGAAAAUGACCCAUUUUCUUUUCUCCGUUUUUAAUCAAAUAUAUUCUCUGUAGUACUUUCUUGGGCUUUUCAUUAGUUCAUCAUUAUUGGACUAAUUAAUUGCCUUUUUGUAAAUCUUUUCGAGCAUAUAAUUGUGAUUAGAUGAGAAAGAAAUUAUUAUAUCAUCAA